AUGUGGCGUCCUCAGAGAUCCGAAGUUAGGGCCAAGGCGGGCAACAAGUCGCAGACAUCGGCGGUGAAGCGCCUUUUGCAGGACCUCAAGCACAUGCGCGAGCAUGUUGUGCCCACCGUCGGCGUGGUGGCCCUUCCUCUGGAGAAGGACCUCUUCACCUGGCACUGCAACAUCAGGGGUCCCAAGGGCACGCUCUACGAAGGCGGUGUGUUCCACUUGGUGCUCCACUUCCCCGAGAGCUACCCCUACGAUCCGCCCAAGGUCACCGUGUGCACCACCCUGCAGCACCCCAACGUGUUCAACGGGUCGAUCUGUCUCGACAUGCUUCAGCCCGGUGACGAGCAGGAGAAGUACAUCGGUUGGAGCUCGGCCUACUCCGUGCAAAGCGUGCUCAUCCAGCUCCAGGCGUUCCUCUUCGAGGAGUCGCCCACCAUUCGCGCCGAGGACUGCCGCAAGGCCGUCGAGGCGGCGAACAACUUCACGUGCACGUCGUGCAAGCACAGGCCGCUGCGCUCGUGGCCGGUGUUCCCGUCCUACGAGACCGACGCCUUUGUGCUGAACAAGGCCGAGACCGAGAUCAUCAAGGAUGAGCUGGUCUGCUUCCACUCCAAGCGCACCUUCCAGGAGGACUGCCUGGGCUUCGGUAUCUCGUACCACAAGAACAUCAAGACGGGCGACAUCCAGGAGUACGACUGCCCUCCCUUCCCCCGCGCCUCUGUUCGGAAACCACGAUACAAGUUCGUUGCUAACGUAACUCAACACAACAACAGCAUUUCCUCGCCGCUGGACCUGCUCGGCGUGCGUGCCUUCAUGCGCGAGAACAUCAGGAAGUCGUCCAUCAACGAACCCUUCACCCACUGGCUCCCUGUCUACCUCAACGACGAGCACGGAAAGAAGGCGUUCCAUUUGGCCCAGCGGAGCAUCAGCAUGCUCUGCGCCAGCAACACGCGCGAGUUCAAGCCCCGCAUGGCGCUCAGCGUGUUCCCCAAGCUGAUGAACACGAUGAUCCUGCACAUCAUGAAGGGCCAGAUCCACGCGUCGGUCAAGGCGCUCGAGGGCUACUGCGCGUUCCACCAGAUGUUCCUCAAGUUCCUGGAGACCUACCCCGAGCUGCACCAGGAGUGCCGCGAUCUGGUCCACGGCUUCCUCAAGUCGGAGGAGGCCCGGCACAAGACCAAGGUUGAGUCGCUGGGCGAGUUCAUGUGCUACCUCACCGUCACGCCCGAGGUGCAGUGGAAGGACAUCGCCUCGCUCCUCAUCAACGAGCAGUCCGACCGCCAGGUCAUGUGGAUCAUCAAGGACUACCCGCACCUGGGUACUGACCAGGAGGACGCGGCCGUGGACAAGGUGCGCGCCAACGUGUCGUUCGACGCGUCGAUCAUGGGCAUCCGCCACAUCCUGUUCCACUACUACUUCAUGGAGCACGUCGCCCGCCCGCUCGGCGGCACCAUCGCCGAAAUGUCGGCCAACUACGAGCGGUCGUUCGGCCGGCCCACCAACAAGAUGGUGGAGAACAUGCAGCAGGCCUUCCGCGAGAUCAAGAAGGUCAAGACCCACAACGACUACUUCUCGCGCAUCGGCCUGCCGGUGGUGAGCGAGGAGCAGCUGGUCGCCUGGCUGCGCAAGUCGGUCACCAACUCGAAGCGCCGGGACUACCACGGCGUCGAGGGACCCAAGGUCCCCUCCGCCAAGGAGCUGGCCGAGGAGUCCAUCAAGAGCGUCGUGCCGCUCGAGACCCUGUGCGUAAAGGACGAGAAGGGCGAGCUCAAGCUGCACGACAAUGAGGAGCAGUGGAAGGAACUGUGCAACUCGCGCUGGGGCUUCAACUCGCUGCCGGCUCACUACACGGCCGGCUGGCGCACCUUCUACCUGCAGAACAACCUGCAGGACCUGGUGAGCUCGCUCAACGAGUAUCCCGACUUCAAGCACUUCUACCAGACGCUCGACCUGUCGAGCGAGGGCCUCACCCUGCUCGAGCUCACCCUGUUCGCGCCCAAGCAGCUCAAGUCGGGCUACUACUGGCUCACCGCGCUCCUCACCCGCCUGCCCAAGCUCCAGUCGCUCAAGAUCUCGCGCGGACCCGACGGCGGCCUCGGCCUCAAGGGCGUGCGCUGCCUCGUCAAGGGCCUCAAGAACAACAAGUCCUCCAUCACGUCGCUGGACCUGUCGUACUCGGGCAUCACGUCGGAGUGCUGCGAGCUGCUCGCCGAGGGCAUCCUCGCCUCGACCCACCUGCAGCGCCUGUCGCUGGAGGGCAACGCCAUCCGCCAGACUGGCGCCAAGGAGCUGAGCCGCGUGCUGUGGGACCACGAGUGCCUCACGGAGCUCAACCUGUCCAACUGCGACGUCAAUGACGGCGGCGCCAAGGAGCUCGCCGACGGUCUGCUGGCCAACAAGCGGCUCGUCAAGCUCGACCUCAGCCGCAACGGGCUCGGCUACUCGGGUCUCCGCGCCGUCCUCUACAACCUGGCCUUCAGCCCCUCCAUCAAGGAGCUGAACUUGUCGCGCGUGUCGGGUUCCGGGUCGUCGAGCGAUCUCAACGAGCUGGGCGAGGCCCUCUCGAAGCUGUUCCGCAUCAACGUGACGCUCAACCGGCUCAACUUCUGGGAGACCAGCAUCGCGCCGGCCUUCACCGCGAGCGUGUUCGAGUCCCUCCGCGGCAACCGCGCCCUGCGCCACCUCGACAUCAGCCAGAUCGGCACCAUCAACAGCGACCAGCUGGGCCACCUCGGUGCGGCCCUCACCAAGAACAGGACCCUGGCUUCGCUCCUGCUCGAGAACAACAACAUCUCCGGCCACGGCCUCGAGACCCUCUACAAGGCUCUCCUCGUCGAGAAGGAAGAGGAAAAGGGCAAGGCGGUCAACGACGACGAGCGCACGCGCAAGGAGAAGCGUCGCGAUGAGAUGCUGGACAAGGUGAAGGAGGUGGAGAAGGAGUUCCACCUGAACCUGGUCGAGUUCAACCUCAAGAACAACGGGCUGGGCUCGGCGGCGGGCAAGAUCCUGGGCAAGCUCGUGACCGUGGCCUCUUCGCUCGAGGUGCUCACGCUCGACCACUGCAGCCUCGACGCCAAGGCCGGCGAGACGCUUGGCCUCGCCCUGGAGACCAACACGCGCCUGCGCACCCUCAAGCUGCGCCACAACACGCUGGGCAAGGAGGGCGCCAAGGCCCUCGCGGCCGGCCUCCGCCACAACAAAACGCUGCAGGUGCUCGACCUCAGCGGCAACGGCAUCGGCGUGUCCGGCGCCCGCGCCAUCGCCGGCACCCUCGCCGACAACGCCUCGCUCACCGAGCUCAACCUGUUCGGCAACCUGGUCGACGUCGACGGCGCGCGCGACCUGGCCAAGGCCCUCGCCACCAACAAGACGCUGGUCAAGCUCGACCUCGGCCUCAACCGCAUCCGCGACAAGGGCGCCCAGGCCAUCGCCCAGGCCAUGGCCUCGGCCGAGCAGCUCACCGAAAUCGGCCUCAAGCUCAACUUCAUCAAGGACCACGGCGCCCUGGCCGUGGCCAAGGCCGUCUCCGUCUCGCCCGCCAUCCGCAGCUUCAAGCUCGCCGGCAACCAGCUCGAGGACGAGACCCUCCUCGCCAUCAACGACCUCAUCAAGAGCCCCCACAUCUCCUUCGAUCUCGCGCCCCGCGUCGCUCUCCUCGAUCCCGAGCGAGUGGCGCGCAGCGUGUGGGUGACGCCCCUGCCGGCACGCGUGAAGAAGGAGAGCGUGCGCAAGCUCUUCUACGACGCCCACUGCGGCGUGGUGCUCAACGUGGCCAUCCAGGACCACAGGACCAAGACCAGCCCCUCCAAGGCCCAGUACGCCUUCGUCGAGUUUGCCCACAUCAACUCGGUGACUCUGGCGUUGGACCUGUCGGCCAGCGGAAGGGCCAAGGUCGACGGACAGAAGGUGCGGAUCUACCGCGUGGGCACGCAGAACAAGACGGCCCAGAGCGAGGCCGCCGGCAAGCCCACCGCAGGUCGGCGCGAGGAGCCCCAGCGCAGCAGGCCUGCCGUCCGCGGUGGCCGUGGCGGUGGACGUGGCGGCGGACGCGGAGGUCGCGAGCGGGCCGGUAAGACCCCGACCUAUUCCCGGCCCGCGCCCGCACCCAAGCCAGCGCCCGUGCCGUUCCGCGAAGCUCGGCCGCGACCGUUGUCGUCGUCGUCUUCUUCGUCGGCGUCGACGUCGGGCGGUGGUGGUCGCAGCAGGGAGACCCAGGGAGCGGCGACGCGCAGGCAGCUGGCGAACAACAAGGAGAGCCUGUGGUACCGCGAGGAGAUGCGCCGGGCGAGCAGCAUCACCGAUCCGGUCGACAAGAUGCUGUUCAAGCUGAGGCUUCAGGAAGUGGUGGAGGAGACGCCGUCAGGGGCCUUGCCCUCGUUGUCCGUCUACGAGACCUUCUUCGCUCCUCCGCCUCCUCUUGAAACCGAGUUCCGACCUUCGCCCCCCGCGAACUGGGACGUCAGUCCGGAGGCGCAGUGGGAAGCGGCGCCCGAAGAGUGGACCUCGUCCGAAUGGUGA